AUGAAUAACGAGCAUGAAAAUUAAGUUUUAAGAAUGUUAAAUAAAUUAGAAUUUGUGAAAAGAGAAAGAAAGAGACUUAGCUGCUAUUGCAACUCACAAAGGGGUAAAACAACUCUGUAAGCGAAUAAUAGAACUAAGGGUAAGAGAGCAACAUUAAUGUUCACACAUUCUUAGAGGUUCUCUUAUCAGCAAAGUCGCUAGCACUUAAUAAGUAGUUAGUUAGUUAGUUAGUAUGUUUGUUAGUUAGUAAGUUAGUUAGUUAGAUUGAUAGCUUUCAGCAUUAAUAUAUAUACAGAAUGCAAGUCAUAUUUUUUUAUAAAGAGAGAUAUUAUGAUAAUAUGA